AAUAACAAAGUGUUUCAUAUUUUAUUUAUAUUUUUAAAAUCAGUCUCCAUUUAUGGGUCCAAGAACUCCAUAAGUCCAAUAACUACAAUUCCACUUGUGAGAAAUAAUGUUUAAGGCAAAAUUAAAAGUACCAUUGGUUACUGCGUUUUAUAGCGUCGGCAGAAAUCCGCUGGAUAAUUGGAUCAUUCAGUGUAAAUAUGGAGAAACGCAACAAAUUCAAGACGACGUUAUUAAGUCCAACGUUUUCCAGCUUCAGUCACCAAACGUGAAUGCUUGUUGUAUAGCCUGUCCGGUGGAUCCCAAAGAGUCACUUGGUAUUCAAUUACCGUUUGUGACAUUGUUGGUGAAAAACCUUGGUCGACUAUUCACGUUCGAAAUUACGAUUUUGGACAGCGAAAAAAUUCGUCGGCGUGUACGCGUGAGCAGUUACCAUACAAGCACGAAGCUGAGCACGUUCAUGAUCGCGAUGCCGAUUUGCAUGAUUGAGGGUUGGAACCAACUAAGCCUGAAUUUGGCCGCGAUCACGAGCUACUCGUUCAAGACAACCUAUAUGGAAACAGUUCGCGUCCAGGUUCACGCCAACUGCCGGCUAAGAAGGAUAUAUUUUAGUGACCAACUGUACAGAGACGAUCAGCUACCGAAUGCGUACAGGAUGUACGUAACAAAGAACGUGCGAGAGAAACCAAAAAGCACGCUGAAAAAAAAGGAGGUAGUCAUUGAAAAAAAACCGAAGGCUGAAAAGUCGUAAAGCAAACGGAUAAAUUAAUACUGCCAUCAAAAUAAACGCCAGGCUGAUGGAAAACUUAUUUUUCAUGCAAAUAUUUACAAUAGAUGCAGUGCGUCAAAAUUAUUUAGUGUUACAUUUUAAAGUGUAAUUUUUUUUAAAUAUGAUACAUACAUACUAUAUAAUUGUAAUGUAACGUAUACCCGUAUAUUGGUGGAUUAUGUAUUUUAUUUCUUUUAAAGAGUAUACAAAUUAACAGUUCA